AUGUCGAGCAAAGCUUGGGCAUCCAGCCACCCAGCAACUGCGAGUGCUGAGAAGCCCCAAGGGGAACGCCGUUAUCGCUGUAACUUGUGUGGCUACAACACCCACAAUGUAGCCCACCUCAGACGACACAUCAGGGUUCAUACGGGCGAGCGGCCGUAUAAGUGCGAAUUAUGCCGUGAGGGCUUCAAGCAGAGGUCUGCACUGGACGUUCACCUGCGCACCCACACUGGCGAGCGGCCGUACAAGUGUCACCUGUGCUCCCAGAGCUUCUCACUGAACUGCUCACUGAAGAACCAUGUGCGCAUCCAUACGGGCGAGCGGCCAUAUGAGUGCCCAUUAUGCCCCCAGACAUUCAGGACAAGACACUGCCUCACGAGACACAUGCGCCAGCAUAUGCGGAAGUGA